GAAAUAUGCCAAAAGAAAAAAUAGCAAAAACAAAACAAAAAAAGAAACUACUUGAGUUAAUUAAAAUCACUUAAACUUGUCUUAAGGUCUUUCUGCUCGACAGAGCAUACAUGCCUUGAGUAGCACGUCACGCUCCAGUGAACACCGUGAUUUAUUAAUGAACAGGUCGUGAGCCUCUAUUCUUAAUCCAUUUCCUUUUGUUUUGCUUCCCAUUGUGGUGGUGCUGUCGAAGUAAUCGAAUUCGAAAUCUCCUUGUACUUUGUAGCGUGAAAACCGUGGUGUUUGUGGUUAAAUCGUUUUGGGCCGAGGAGCACGUCAGGUUUGAAUCAAAGAAUCAAAGCCAGGCUACGUGGUUCAUUUAAAAAUGACCGAUUUGGCGGGCAAAACGCCCGGCGGUGUUAAACUUGCCAUCGGUGAGAGAGAAAUGGGCGAGGGUUUAGAAUCCUGCGAGAAGAACUUCGAAGAGUUUGACUUUAAAUGUGGGCAAGCUCCCGCGGCAGAAUCACUUCUAAGGGAAACUAUAAGUCAACUUGAAACGGCUUUACGCGAAUCGACGAAAUUACUGUCACAACGCGACAAUGAAAUUAACUCUUUGCGAAACGAUCUCGGCCUAUGCCGAGGGGACCGGGAAAACAACAUUAGCGCAACUCUGGAAGAGGAAGUCAAAAAAUCUCAGAUGCGGGUUAUCGAUCUUGAAAAGGUUAUACAGCAGCUUCAACAAGACAUCGCCAUGUACAAAGCUGAACGGGAAACCCUGGCAGCAAAGGAACAAGAACACGAAGGGGGUGUCGCCGGCCAAACUUGUUAUUGUGGAUCGCUGUGUGGUGCCAUGAAAGAAAUGGUAGAAUUAAAGAAAAAAUUGCAGGUAACGGAGCAAAAGUACAGCAAUCUCAAACGCGCUUUCAAGAGCUUAGAACGAAGUAAGGUCAGGGUUGGGGUCGCGCAUCGAGACAGUCCCUGUACUAUUAGUUAAAUGGACAAAAUUGAGAAAACAAACAUGCCAUAUAUUACAUGACUUAAUACACUGUGAUAACAAAGCGAUGUUUUUAAUGUUAACCUCUUGUUAAAGACAAUGGGAGGGCCAUAAAGAGAGUUUUCACUCAAUGGCUCUAUUAUAUAUCUCAAAGGUUAGAUUGUAACCUCAGGGGCGUGCUAACGUAUUAAUACGGCCUGUUUCACAACUAGCACCUCCGCGCGGGUCUUUGGUUGUUUAUGGCGGGAAAAGGUGACACAAGCGGAACCUCUGGUGGGCCUGUGAACGCUCGCCACCUGCCGUGCACAAGCAGUAGUUAAUCAAAGAUAGCUUUUGUAGCAAUAGUAACCUUCAUAUCACACUCAGAUAAUACCAAAUUGUAACAAAGUUGUUGAAAGCGUCCAUAAGAGAUUUUGUUUUUCCUUCAUGAGGAAAUUAAGCCAGCGAUAAUGACCGGAAGGUGAUAAGGAAAUACGAAAACAUUUGUAACCGAGAUAUCUGAAGGCAAUGUUAUUCAAGAUCGAUAAAUACCAAGUGUCAUUAACUAAAUCGACAGCAAACACAGGUUGUUUAUUUUUUAUCAAUAUCUAUGAAUCAAAGUCUAUAAUCAAAUUGCAACGAUAAGUGGUAUGAGUGUGUUAUAGUUUAAUGUAUAUAACUGAUUAUCAAUUAAGAGAAAAAAUAUUUUUCUCUCGAUAAUCAUGAAUUCUUGCAAAGUCGAGGAGCCAUAUUUAAUUGCAUAAUUGCUUACUUAAAAUAGAAAAACAAAACAACUUGGCAUUCUGUUCUUUAAACCGCUCUUUUAUGAAGUAAAAGAUAUUAUAGUCAAAUAGUGUUAGACCCAAAGCAGCAUAUUAAGCUCUAGUUAUGCAAGAGUUCAAUUUUUUACAGUCAGUUGUCAGUAUUGGAUCUGGUUCUAUAAAUAGCUUGUGAACGGGUAUAAGCGAAACGAGAUGUUUCAUCCAUGCAUGACAAAGGCCUAUAGCCAAAUCCCGGACGAGACUUUUAUUCGAAGAAUAAAUAAAUACAACCACCAUCAAUUAAAUACACUUACUAGCUGCAUAUACGUGGUGGAUAUUUAUGAGUUAUCACAACUCAAAUAUCGCAUUAAAUGAGCCUCAAAUUUCACCAUUGGACAAAAGGCCUGUUAUUUUUUUCUUUGACAAGGUCUUCAAUUCAUUCAGGAACGCGUAUUACAAACAAACAACACGAGUCUUAGCGUUCAUACAACAUAUACACUAGCUAUGGAGUUAAAGAAAACCACGACGGCAACUGUAACGGGAAUUAACGUCCAGCGCUAAACAAAAGAUUUAAUGCGCAGGACAAUGGCUGUGCACGUGCGUUAUAAUUCUUGGUAC